GCGGCAGUCUUUCCUUGGGCCUCGCUCGCGCCACUCCACUGCAGGCAACCGUGGCAAACGACGAUGUUUACAAAUACGUGCGUGCGCCCAAUAUUUGGGCCCCGAUUGUAAACGCACAGUGCACUCGGGCUCUUAAACCGUUUCAGAACAUGUGAUAGGAUUUGUGAUAACUUUUGACUUGUGCGUUCAGAUUUAUUCUAGUUUUUGAUGAUCUCAAAACUUUUGUGUGUUGUGCUGUAAGAAUAAGGAUAUAAAAUAGGAUUAAUUAAGGAUAUAGGUGAUAGACAAAAGUCAUCAUGGCUCAGGAUAAUAGUAACUCUACGAUGGAGAUGGGCACCAGUGACCAGGUCCUGGUAGCGAGUAAGAGGAAGAAGACUCUGACGUACGUGAUCGGCGGCGUAGCCAUGGUGGUUGUCAUAGGAGUCGUCAUAGCGCUGGUGGUCGUCCUCUCCGGCAACGAAGGAGGCACGGCUGAGGCUAUUGUUUCUACUACGCAAGGUCCAACGACAGUAUCAACGGUAUCAACUAUAGCGACUGAAACACCGUCAACGGAGUCCACGCCUAUUGUGAAUCCUCCAACGUCCACCACGACGACUACCACGACAACGACUGAAGCCCCGACCACGACGCCCGAACCAGAAGAAGAUCUGCUCGACUUGCCGUCGAUCAUCAACGGCGCGUUUACGCCAGCCGGCUUCAGCGCUGUUUGGACGUCAGGGAAUGAGGCGUUGCUCCGGAACCCCAACGGAGAUCUGGUAUUAUAUGAUGUGGACUCCGACGCUUUUACCACUCUCAUCCAGAACACUUCAGCUCUUCUUCAGCAAUCGUCUCGAGUGACUCUUUUGUCUCCAAACGGCGAUUUUGUUGCGCUGGCACACAGCGUUAUUCCCGGCUACAGAUACAGCUUCCUCGCUCGCUACGCCGCAGUGGAUGUGGUGUCCGGCAAUGAAACAGAGAUCCUCCCACUGGUUCCUCCUCCAGACCCGACCGUCUACCCCGAAGGUUUCCUCCAGAACUUCGUCUGGGGUCCCUCAGGAACGUCGCUGGCGUACGUCUACGUCAACAACAUCUACUACCAGUCCUCCCUGGACAGCGAACCUGAACCCAUCACAGAUACUGGUGUGCUGGACGUCGUCUACCAUGGAAUACCUGAUUGGGUUUAUGAAGAGGAGGUGUUCAUCUCAAACAACGCUAUGUGGUUCUCGGCUGACGGAAGCAAGCUGGCAUACGCCACGUUCAACGACACAGACGUCAGGAAGAUGAAGGUCCCGCACUACGGAGUGCCUGGCUCCGUGCAAUACCAGUACACACAGCAUCACGAGAUUCGAUACCCCAAGCCUGGCACCACAAACCCCACCGUAAGUGUAACGAUCAGAGACUUGGCCAGCGACCUUGAGAGCACCUUCUAUGCUCCCGACAAUCUUGAUGAGCCAAUCCUGAAGAUUGUGCAGUUUGUGUCGAACGACACCAUCGCUGUGAUGUGGACCAACAGAGUGCAGACCAGCCUCACAGUUGAACUCUGCCCCUUCCAAGGAAACUGCUCUCUGAUUUACACAUACACUGAGACGAAUGGUUGGAUCGACAAUAUCCCUAUGAUAUUUAACCAGCAAGGCAAUGCUUUCAUCACAAUCCUUCCUGAAGCAGUCGGAGGCAAGUUGUUCAAGCAGGUAGUCCAAAUCUCCGACGUGAACGCUGAUUUGUGGACUGCUUCUGGGCGGUUGAACACUCCCCACACAGUUGCCGAGAUCCUGCGGUGGACUCCCGAUGACGUCAUCUGGUACAAAGCAACGCACGUCGACGAUUCUGCCGAACAGCAUAUCUACUCAGUAAACGCGACUGGUGGAGUCUCAUGCUUCACGUGCGGAAUCACUCGUACUGACGGCGCGGCGUGUCUGUACAACGAGGCAACCCUCAGUGCUAAUGGCGCUCGCCUCGCUAUCAACUGCGCCGGCCCUGAAAUCCCGCAGACGUUCAUCUACAGUUCUGAUGGUGAACGCGUCCGCGUAUGGGAGGAAAACGCCGAGGUGGCAGCUCUGCUCGCAAACCGCGAGGUUCCUCUGACCAUCCGACCGUCUCUGCCUAUCGUGGACGGCUUCCCAAGCGCCGACGUCCAAAUACAGGUGCCGCACGACUACUUGAAUAGGACUAACCUGCCUCUGCUGGUAUACGUCUACGCUGGCCCCGACACAGCUCUGGUGACCAAGGCCUGGAACGUGGACUGGGGAUCCUCCUUAGUGAGCCGCUACGGCAUCGCGGUCGCCCAGAUCGACGGCCGAGGCUCCGGGCUCAGAGGCGUCGAAGACAUGUUCGCUGUUAACAGGAGGCUUGGAACGGUUGAAAUUGAGGACCAGAUCACUGUCACCAGAUACCUUCAGCAGAACUUCAACUGGGUGGACGGCAACCGCACGUGCAUCUGGGGCUGGUCGUACGGCGGGUACGCGGCGUCGCUUGCGUUAGCGCGAGGCGGCGACGUGUUCCGCUGUGCCGCCGCCGUCGCGCCUGUCGUGGACUGGCGCUUCUACGAUACUAUCUACACAGAGCGGUACAUGGACCAACCUCAGAACAAUCCUACUGGGUACGCUGAGUCAUCGCUUCUUACAGAAGAUGUGGUGGAGGCGUUCCGCGACAAGCGCUACUUCCUGAUCCACGGCACGGCGGACGACAACGUGCACUUCCAGCACGCCAUGCUCAUCUCCCGCCUGCUGCAGAGGAGGGACGUCUACUUCCAGCAGAUGAGCUACACGGACGAAGACCACGGCCUAGUGGGGGUAAGGCCGCAUUUAUACCACGCCCUCGAGAAGUUCCUGCAAGAAAACAUGUUUUAAACCAACAGACAAUAAUCAAGUGUUACGUUAAUUCCAAUCACAUUUUAGGUCGAGAUAAAGUACCCAACACCGAUAAAUCGGUUCGAUUAAUCGAUCAUUUCGAUAAAAGAUGACAUAAGUCUUCGCUACUUCGCGAAAUUUGCCUUCAUGCGAUGGCAUCUAAUUAAUCCGUAAAUAUUCCAAAUCCUCCAUAUAAAACAGAAUAUGGUAAGAUUUUUACAUUUUGGCGCUUUAAGAGCAUGACGGACUUUCGCUUCCGAGGGAAGUGGUAUUGUCUACAGGCACAAAAUCAAUAGCAAUGUAUUUUUAAAAGUUUUGCAUUUGAUGAUAACAUUUCGAAAGAAAUGUAUACCUACCGAUAGUAUUGAAUGGUUGCAGUGUUUUCUAUUUUCUAUAAAAACACUGAUACUUAACUACAGCAACCACCUACUUAUUGUCUUCCUAAAACACAAAAUAUUGUUAAUUACUAACAGUACAAGUAAGGUACUUUAUAUCUAAGAGAAAUAAAUGAGAAGAUAUUCUUCUACUAGUUUAUAAAAUCUUAAUUCCGCUGUACAUUUCGCUUAGGUAUCGCUCAAAACUUGAGGUUAUCAGUUACCUUUAAAUGUGCAAUAAUUUAUUAAAUCUUACUGUAUUUAGUCUAAUAAUUAUCUUAUACACAAUACAUAAAUAGAGGUAAAUUCAAAUAUUUUACUCAGGAAGCAAAAUAGUAAUUAUGAUUAUAUUGUCAUAAGAAGUGUUUAAAUAUUUCCUAAAACAUUUUGUCAAAUAUGAUUUUAUGUUCUAUGAAAAUCAAUCGGCCACGGUGAUGUUGCUAGAGUCAUUAUUGUGUUUUAUUAAUAACAUAAUUUUCAGAAUUAUGAUAAUAAUUAUGACUGUAAGAAUCAAAGUAUUGUAGUUACCUAUAGUGUCGCCAAAAGGAAAGCAGUAUGCUGACAGGGUUGCCCAGUGAAAAAUUCGACUAGAGUU